UGUAUUUAAUAUGUUAUACACACGUGUGUGUUGGUAGACAUGAGCUGAAGCUAUCACACAUAGCUGUAGGUACUGUAUAGUACAUUGUAUUUAUUUGUUCUUUUGUUGUGAAAUGCACAAAAUCAUGUACAUGUGUUAUACUUGGAAUUUGAUCAGAUUACUAAUGGUAGGUUACUUCAUAUCACCUAGGUUCUUUCAUUAACACCUGUGAUAAGGUUAAGACGAAAGUUGAAGUAAACAAAAGAUUGAUGCCUAGUUUCAUUCAUCCUGCCAUUGUCUUGUCUUGAGGAAGGAGCACAGGUACUAUAAGUGGCUACGUGGUUAGCCUGUUAUGCAGACUUUCUAGCGGGCAGCGUUUGUUUAUGUAGGAGCGGCUCAGAGAGCGAGAAUGCUUCUGCAGGCCAAUGACCUCUUAAGACGGUUCCAUUUUUUCAAACGCGGGGGGAGGGGGUACAGGAAGGCUACCCGGAUGAAUUUUUAUUUUCGGUUCCUUUGGAGAGGGGUUUAUUUGGAGGGGUAUUUGCAGGAGGCUAGAGUGUGUACCACGCAGGUACAUGUAAGUACCCCUCCCAUUUACCUCAAAACAAGUUCCACCAAUCAGAUUAUGAGAAGCAAUCAUGAGGUGCUAUGACGUAUAUUACAUACGUGGGUGGGGGAUCCCCAUACUUACUAUGGCAGACAUAUAGGGUUCACAACUACUUAAAAGACAUUAGCAAAAGUGGCGAUACCGAGUUGCUCUUUUGGUGACCACCGGUGUAAAAAAAGUCUAUCAGAACGCUGGAAACCUACAUGGCGGAGGUAGAAGUCCUCUAACCGCACGUGAGGGAGUUACAGGUGUCUCCCGCCCACUCCAUGCCUCCACGCCUCCCGGAAGUAACAAGUUGGAAAAAUAAAACAAAGGCGCCGGACCAGCAGCCAUGACGGCACCAGAAAACAAUUGGUUUUGCCGUGCAGCAUGGGGAACAACCCUGACGACAAAACCAACCUUCCCUCCGUACGAUGUCCACCUGCCGUACGAAGGAGAGGAGUGCGGGGAGUUCAUGUCCUCCCGACUUAUGGAGCCUUUGGCCGAGGCAGGAUACCACACCUACACAACCAAGUACUACCUGCCUGGACAGCCUCUUCUUGAUGAGUUCAUCAAAGGUGUAGAACAGAGCAGGGUGACUGUCCUGCCGCUGUGUAAGACCUUCAUGGCGUCUCAGUACUACUGGUACGUGGAGAACAGCAUCCAUGACCGCAGCAUCAUCAGAGAAGGCUCCGCCAUCUUCGUCAAGAUGGAGGCGGACUGCGGACUGUGUCCGAAACUGAAGCCGUUCGGGUUUCUGGACUUCACGACGGACGCCGCGUACAAGGAAGCGUUUCCACGACUUGUACGCACGCUGGGUCCCCCAUCCUCGGCUCCCCGACCCCAGCAGCACCUCUCUUCGCGAGCCGACGACGCCUACGACGGCAAUUACGACGACGUCUUCGUCAACAAGGAGUUCGAAGAGGACGAGCAAACGCCGAGGUCAAACUUCGUGCACGCGACGAACAGGAGCUUUGACGCCAUGGGCCCGCAAAUACACACCGACUUUGUGGAGCCCGAAAAGACAUUGCUGGCAGCUUGCAAAGAGUUUGAGUGGUCCGAGUGGUCUCUGAAGGCGUUCUGCCACGACCCGGAUAGUUACAUCCAGCGGGUACAGAAGAUCACUCCGCCGCUGAGAGAUGACGUGGAAAAGGUCCUGUUGCUGGGAAUCCUCCCUCAGCAGCAGACCCACCGGGGCAGCUGCAUCACCCUGGCCAAACUCAGCUGCUGCGGGCUGCCCAGGGUGGAGGAGCAGGCACUGGAGGCGCUACUGACGAUCGUUCAUCAGAACAUAUUUCACCAAGGCACAGCCUACGCCGAGUCUAGCGGCCUGUGUGACGUCACUAGGGAGGUCCUGUAUGUCCUGUCUAAUAGGGAAGCCCUGAGACAGUGGACCCGGGGCACCGCCCUCCUGCGGAUCCACGUGUGCUGCACCCUGCUCAUCUGCCUACACGUCUCCUACGUUAACGGCGACAUCGGCCUGGAAUUUUCAGCCGAGGAACUGAAGACAACCCAGGCUGUCAUCAGGCGCAAGUUUGACACCUUCGAAGGGACGGAUCUGAGUUUCAGAUGCCUUGCUGACUACUACAUACAUGUGAUCAACGAAGCUUCCAAAAGGAUUGCAAGCAAGACCGUUGGAAAGUUCAAAGAGUUAGUGAUGCAGGCACGAGACGCUAGCAUUAAAAACAUCCCGACAACGACAAAGCAACUUGUCAAAGACAUCUGCAAAGCCGAGGAGUACGACCAACAGAUCGUGCUAUCACAUCUGGCUGACAUGGCACAUGAUUCAGAGACUGCCCUGGGUAUCUUCCAGCGCGUGGUGUACAAACUCACACAGACGUGCAGCGGGUCGAGAGCGGACAGACUCUUCAUCAUGAUAGCCGACAUGUUCGUCAAGAUCCUGCAGACCACAAAGAGAUCAGAUCUCUGCAGCAUGGCGCUUCGUCCGCCCCCUUCGCACGGGAAGAGAAAGAAGCUGCUGGGUUUAGCCGAGGUCUGGUACGAGCGGCAGUUCAACCAGGGCAACGCCCAACAUGCAGUAGAGGUCCUCUGCAGACCGCUACUACAUCAUCCGCAGCCUGAAGUGCGUGGGACCAUGGCUCGCCGUCUAGCAAUGCGCCAGGGAGAGCGUGAGGACGGAAUUGAGUGGGAGGAUCUCGUUCCUAUUGAGGCUAAACACAUCAGUGACCAGUACAAAAUGUUGGGCCUGCGCAUUGUCACCCACCAGCCAACGCCCUGUCAAGACCUGGAGGGUCACGUGGUCUGGAAGGGAACCACGACGCACGGGAACGUAGCUGUCAAGGUGUACAAGUUGAAUUCCAUGAAAGAGUUGAUGGGCGAUGCGGACAUGUCGGCAGGGGCAGGGAUCGUGAGGAACAACGUGCGCAUGUUGGGAGAGCUGAGCGGCAGUCCGAACAUCUUGCAGCUGCUGGCCUACCAGCUCCGGCCUCAGCCUGUCUUCCACAUCACGGAGUUCAUGGAGGAGGGCAAUCUUUUGGACUUCCUGCUUCGGAAACGUCAAGACCACCAGCACACCCGGUCGUCCCUCCUCUACCUGCGGACUCUGCUGACCCUCCUGCUGGACAUGGUGGCCGCUCUCCGUUUCUGUCACCACCACAACAUCGUCCAUCGGGACGUCACAGCCAGGAACUUCCUGGUCUACAGAAAAGGAGGGACGUACCGAUGCAAGCUGGGUAAUUUCAACAUGGCUGCAAAAGUACCAACGAUGGAGGAAGAGACCUACGAGUGCCCCGACUGUCUGCAGAUUGUUUCCAAGGAUCCUCCGAUGAUCCCGUUGCCAAGCUCUGGACUGCCCCUGAGUCGAUGGUCGGGCACCAGUUCUCGGAUAAGAGUGACGUGUGGAUGCUGGGAUGUACCAUGUACGAGGUGCUCACGCACGGGUGUCGCCCUUUCACAGAGAUGUGGGGCAUGGCCGCAGACGACAUCGUGCAACAAGUUGUGUUCGGACUGCGCCCCCGCCAGCCUUCCUGCGUGCCGCGGAAACUGUUCCAGACGACUAUGCUGCCCUGCUUCCUCACCGACCCGGUCGAGCGGAUCGCCCUGCUGCAGCUGGAGAGGAAGCUGAAGAGCUACAUGAAGGAGUGCCCCCUACCGGGUGUGGAACACAUAGAUGACAUCCAUCCCCCGCCCCGGCUGUCUCCCAACCAGUCAACACGACCUGAGAGGGGAAUACCAAAGAACUUGGAAACGCAGAUCAGCAGUGAACCAG